AUGAUGAGAUCGACUCCAGACGCAGUGCGCAAACCCUCCUCCCACGAUCCUCCCACCUUCUUCCUGUCCCGCUCCCCGCAUGUCUCGGACCCGGAGCCGAGUCUCGUGCGGCCAGACGAGACCAAAGAGAGUAUGUACGGAGUACAAAGUAUCGACGAGAGCAUCCAUACCAUAGACACCGGCGACGCUCCCGACAGUCCCCUGGUCGAUCUAGAAUCCCACAAGCGACGGUCGACACUGAGAGCGGAUCCAGGCCAGGACUCGGGACAGACCUCCCCGGUCCUCUCCCGGCCGUUAACCCCGUUUACGUUGGGCCUCCCAGACGAGCCCUCAUCGCUCCCUAGUAGUCCUAAAUCCAUCUCCAAUCAAUCGCUGCGACCGCUCGACGAGAUCUCGAUCACUGAUGAAAUCGAAAGCCAAGCCGUGGGAUCUGGAGAUGAGGAGGCCAAGGGAUCCCCACGAAUAGCAGGUGGGGCAUCCCAGCUUAUUAUGCCAAGUAUCAAAAUGCCGAGUCGUCGGCCUUUCACCGAGCGAGGCAAAGCCAUGGGUCGUUUCAAAGUCCUGCUGGCAGGCGCCCCUGGUUCCGGAAAAACCGCUUUAAUCAAAUCUAUUGUCCAAACAUGUGAUGAUAUUGUGCAUGUCGAUACGAUCCCGGUGAACUCGGAGCGUCGCAGACAAUCUCAUUCGGGAUCCCGAUCGUCAACGACCGAAAUUUAUGCGAGCACGAAACCUUAUCCGUCAUGGUGGUCGGAUUUGGAAGAUUCGCGCGUGCUCAAGCGCCGGAAAAGCAUCGGGGAAAUUGUGCUGGAGAGAAACCUGUGUUUUGUCGACACAUCCUCAAACUUAAGUCGCGCGGGUCAAACCGAUGCAACAGCCCAAUACAUGUACCAACAGUUUGUCCGUGCGACCAAUGCACUUAACAGCCGGAACGUGGAUUUCCAAAACCUCCUCGCAGGCAAUGGUGGAUCCCAGGUGGAUGCCAUCUUAUAUUUGAUAUCCCAUGACACCCUAUCAACAGAUGUGGAAUGCAUCCGCAAGCUCAGCGAGCUCAGCAAUGUAAUACCAAUUAUAUCCAAAGCAGACACACUCUCUCCCACCCAAAUCAGCACUCUAAAACUUCACUUCCACACCCAAGCCCGAGAAGCCGGCAUUAAACCAUUCCUCUUCGGUCUCAAUGAAGCAAGCAUAGACUUUCAGCCCCCGUACGCCGUCUCUUCAGCCAAAGGCUCCGACCCUGAAACAAUGGAUGCAAGCAUCCUAAUGAGCCCGGACUACGUCCAACCUCUCAUCCCCUCAGAACUAACCACCCUAGUCGACCAAAUCUUCGAUCGUGACAACCUAGCCUGGCUGCGCCAUUCUGCAGCAAAGAAAUUGCUCUUGCGCGCUGAGACCCUCCAUUCCAUCCCUGCUCCAUCAAAUGUCUGGGUCUCGACUCCCCCUAGUAGCUACGCCAUGGCCCGCAUCACAGACUAUACUCGUACCGAGGAGCGCAUGGCCCAAGUCCGGCUUGCACAGUGGGCAACAGAUCUCCAGCGCAGUCUGCAGAAUGAGCGAGAUCGCUACACGGAUCUUGUGCGUGGUGAGCGGGCUGUCUGGUUGACUGAGCGAUUGGGCGAAUGUGUUAUUGAUGGUUCAUUGGUGCCUCUUUCGCAAACACCGGGCUAUGGCGGACUACGUGAGAAGGGGACUCAUUAUCGUGUUGGGAUUAGUCCACAUGACCCGCUUGGGGUGGUGGGCUGGGUUGAUGAUUUGGGCAGGCGGAGUUGGGUGCUGGUUCAGAUCGUUGGGAGUGUUGGUGUUGUGGGUGGGUUGGCGCUUUGGUUAGCGCGUACUUGGGGUUUGCCAACGCGUAGUCUGACGGAUUUACGGGUGGAUUAUUGGUGCAGCAUGGACCGGUGA